AUGUCUCCGCUGAAGACGUCAAUCCUGCUCUUAGCUCUGUUCCUCCCGUCGCUGCUGGCCACAGUGGACGAUGCCUUGGGUCUGCCCAGGACUGGUUCAUCUUCUCCAGACGGUGGCAACCGUAGCUCCAAGUGCCAGGAAGUCACCGAGUGCCAGGAAGGUGUAAUCUUACCUGUGUGGCUCCCUCAGAAUCCUUCCGUGGGAGAUAAGGUGGCCCGGGCCAUUGUUUACUUUGUGGCCCUCAUCUACAUGUUCCUGGGCAUGUCCAUCAUUGCCGACCGCUUCAUGGCCUCCAUUGAAGUCAUCACCUCGCAGGAGAGGGAGAUCACCAUUAAGAAACCCAACGGGGAGACUACAACGACCACCAUCCGUAUCUGGAACGAGACGGUCUCCAACCUCACCUUGAUGGCCCUGGGGUCGUCCGCCCCCGAGAUACUCCUGUCCAUCAUCGAGAUCGUGGGGCAUGGCUUCCACGCAGGAGACAUGGGCCCCAGCACCAUUGUGGGCAGCGCCGCUUUUAACAUGUUCAUCAUCAUCGCCGUCUGCAUCCACGUCGUCCCUCAAGGUGAGGUACGGCGCAUCAAACACCUGCGGGUUUUCUUCGUCACGGCGGCCUGGAGCAUCUUUGCUUACAUCUGGUUGUACCUCAUCUUGGCCUGGUUCUCUCCCGGCGAGGUGGAACUGUGGGAAGCUCUUCUCACCUUCCUGUUUUUCCCAAUCUGCGUCCUCCAAGCUUGGGUGGCUGACCGCAGACUCCUCUUCUACAAGUACGUCCACAAAAGGUACCGGACGGAUAAGACGCGGAAUCUCAUUAUCGAGAGCGAGGGCGACGUCGGCUACCCGAAAAUGGACAUCGAGAUGGAUAACUCGCUCAAGGAAGGAUCGGAAGGUCUGGGCGAUACGGGGAAGGAUCAAGACGACGAGGCCCGCAGGGACAUGGCACGCACCUUGCGUGAUUUGAAACAGAAGAAUCCCGACAAGGACAUGGAACAACUGAUCGAAAUGGCCAACUAUCAAGUACUGGUCCAGCAGCAGAAAAGCCGCGCUUUCUACCGCAUCCAAGCAACCCGUAUGAUGAUCGGAGCUGGGAAUAUCCUCAAGAAACACGCGUCUGAUCAGGCCCGCAAAGCGAUCAGCAUGCAGAAAGUCCAGACGGAGGAAGACGAAUCAGUGACCAGAGUCGGUUUCGAACCAGCUCACUAUCAGUGCUUCGAGAACUGUGGCUCUGUGGUUCUGACCGUGGCCCGUCGAGGAGGGGAUCUGGCCUGCGUCAGUGUGCGAGUGGAUUUCCGUACGGAGGACGGGACCGCGAACGCUGGCUCUGACUACGAAUUUGCAGAGGGUACCUUGCUCUUCAAGCCAGGAGAGACGCACAAGGAACUGCGAGUGGGGAUCAUUGACGACGAUAUUUUUGAAGAGGACGAGUAUUUUUACGUCCAUCUCAGCAACGUCAGGGCAGCCUGGGCCGAGCCGGGUCCGGCCCCCCCUCCGAAAGCUUGUCUCGCGCCCUCCAAGAUGGCCACUGUGACCAUCUUCGAUGACGACCACGCCGGUAUCUUUACCUUUGAGGGACCCUCUAAGCGAGUGAGCGAAAGCGUCGGCGUGGUGCACAUCAAAGUGCUGAGGACUUCGGGGGCCCGCGGGCGAGUGGCUAUCCCCUACCACACCAUCGAGGGCACGGCUAAAGCCGGCGAGGAUUACGAGGAAGUAGCCGGCAAGGUGGAGUUUCAGAACGACGAGACGGUAAGAUACAUCGAGAUUCAAAUAAUUGACGAUGAGGAGUAUGAAAAAAAUAAGAACUUCCACCUGCAGUUGGGACCCCCGGUUAUUUUGGACAUCGGAAUCCGGCACGGUGACACCAACGAGAAUCAACUGCCUGCAGGAGAGCAGGAAAAAAUUUCCAAAAUGGGGUACCCCACUUUGGGAGAAAACGCCAAACUUGAAGUUAUCAUUGAGGAAUCUUACGAGUUUAAGAGCACAGUGGACAAACUGAUCAAGAAAACCAACUUGGCGCUGGUGGUGGGAAGCAGCAGCUGGCGAGAGCAGUUCGUAAGCGCCGUCACGGUUAGUGCCGGUGACGAUGAAGACGACGACUCGGGCGAGGACCGCCUUCCUUCCUGCUUCGACUACAUCAUGCAUUUCCUCACCGUCUUCUGGAAAGUUCUGUUCGCCUUCGUGCCGCCCACCGAGUAUUGGUGCGGCUGGGCUUGCUUCCUGGUCUCCAUCUCCCUCAUCGGGGUGCUCACGGCCCUCACCGGAGACCUGGCCUCUCACUUCGGCUGCACCAUCGGCCUCAAGGACUCAGUCACGGCGGUGGUGUUUGUGGCCCUGGGUACCUCCGUGCCCGAUACCUUCGCCAGCAAGGUGGCCGCCAUCCAAGACCAGCACGCCGACGCUUCCAUCGGUAACGUAACGGGCAGCAACGCGGUGAACGUCUUCCUGGGCAUCGGCGUGGCCUGGACCAUCGCCGCCAGCUACUGGGCGAGCCAGGGGAAGCGCUUCGAGGUGCAGCCGGGGACCCUGGCCUUCUCCGUCACGCUCUUCACCAUCUUUGCCUUCAUCAGCAUCGCGGUGCUGUUGUAUCGCCGCCGGCCUCCUGUGGGGGGUGAGCUGGGUGGCCCCCGAAUCCCCAAACUUCUGUCCACCCUGUUUUUUGUCAGUCUCUGGCUGGUCUACAUCCUAUUAGCAUCUUUGGAAGCCUAUUGCCAUAUCGAAGGCUUCUGAAGCGGUAGGUUCGAAUCCAGGACUUUUGGGAAUCCGGAAAAGGACCUCACACCACUCAGAGGGACCCCCUCCUCAGGAUCAGGAUCACCCCCCCCCCUUUUUUUUUUUAAAUUUUCCUCUCUCUCCGCCGUCCAUCUUGCCAAAUUUUGGUGUCCGAUUUAAGGCGUCCUCAGCAGGGACUAGGUGGGAAUUCCUCCACCUCGGUUUUUGGAGCACCUCAAGUCACGAGUUCGAGACGGUGUGUCGGAGAAGACUGAAGGGGAAGGAGAAAUUUUUUUUGGGGGGGGGGGGGAAGCUGUCCUGUCCGUGGUGCGCCUGAAUGAGGGGUGGCAAGGAUGGGUCCGAUUUCUCUUGUUCUCCUGCAUUCGUAGAAGACUUUGGGCCUCGGUGAGAGGAAGCGCCUUCCGAACCGAGUUUUUGGAACGAAGGAAUUUUGCACAAAAACGAUCUCCUCUUGGUCUCCCAUCCGUGACGAGGAGAAGGGAAGCGGCCAGGCCGGGCCAAAAGGAGGGGACAAUCCCGAAACUGCCAAUUUGUCUCAAGCACAGGCUCUCUUAAAAGCCGAACCUUCGCGCUCGUCCGGAAAACAGCACAAAACCUCUCUCCCAACGGCAGAAAAAGAGGGGGGGAAGAUAGAUAAGCUGCUUUUCACUACACUUCCCCCGCCUUACGAUUCCUCCAUUUCUGUCAGCCAUUUUGGGGUGGAGCCCCAAUUUUUAUUUUUAUUAGCCUUGAUUUUACACACCGACCAAACAUGGAUAUUUUAUCUUUUGUGUGUCAUUUCAAAACUGAGCCAAAGUGGAGGUAGUCCUUCGCUUGCCACCACUGUCGGGUCGAUAAGCGGGUCGUUGAAUCGCGUCCAAUUUCAUCACCUGGUUUUGCUGCAGUCGUUAAGUGGAUCGCGUGGCCAUGAACCGAGCCAGGCCCCAGUUUUACUUCCGGUUGCUGCUAAGCGAACCAGGCGGUCGUUCCUUGAAUCGUCCCGGUUUUAACUUCCGUCGAAGCACGUCCUCUCGUUCACUGAGCCAGGCGCAAUUUUACUUUGGGGUGCGGUUAAGGGAAGCACGUGGUCGCGGGAGUCGUGCCCCGUCCGACAACCUCCUCCGGCUGCUGUCGUUAAGUGAAUCACAUGGUCGUUAAGUAAACCCAGCUCCCCCCCCAACCCGCUUUGCUGAGAAAACCGUCAUGGGUGACGACGCCUGCCUCCUCUUACGAGACCACCUUCCAACCAUUGUUAAACUUGGGGUCGCGACUGAAAAGACGACUGAACAUUGGGGUCACAAGUGUGUUCGGUAGCGUCCUAACUUGGGACAGGUCACUAAGCGGAUGGUUGUACGUCGAGGACGACCUGCAUUCAAAUUCACCUUCGUCAACUGUCGUGUCUGAAGCUGGAAUCACUUGUUUUCCAAGUAUUUUUCACCCCACUGUGCUCUUUCCAAAAUGCGGGGGGGGCCCUCAGGACACCCCACACACACAACUCUGUUUGCAUGGCAGCUUCUGUGCCCCCACCCCACCCCGCGGCCGAACUCGUGCCUCUCUGCGUCACUUUGUCCCAACGUCCGAAUGUCCAUCUUCGGCGCUUCCCUGAUGUCUGGUUUCCCCACCGAGUGACGUCGC